AGCCGCGUGCUCCGAACGGAACCCCCGAACCGACCGGUCGGUCGGCGGGCGAGUGACCGGCUCGGGCUCCGCGGGACAACGAAGCGGCCCAAUGCCAGUGCAUCGAUGGGUGCUCUGGUUGGUGCUGGCCUGUGGUGAGGCUGCUUUGGUGAAGAGGCUCCACAAUGGGACGAACCACUCUGAGAAGUCCGUGCAGCAGAUCGUUCGGGAUGCGGAGCUGGCGAACCUGCGAAUCCUGGAGGCCAAGUGGCAGAAGCUCAACGAGUCCCUGCACUACGCGGAGACGUACCUGGCAGACUCCCGGGAAGAGCUGGCGAAUUUGACCGCGGAGCUGGUGAAGAGCAACCUCUCCCAGGAAAUCCAAGCGGCCAAGGAGAAGUACUCCGAAGUGUUGGUCAGCGAGGCCACCGAGCAAGAGAACCGCGCGUGGCAAGAGACCCUGCGAGCGGAGGAGGAGAUGUUUGAGGCCCGGGAGCGCUAUGCGAAGGCCCUCGAGGCGCUCCUCGGCUGUGCACCAGCUACCAGACGAGGCGCGGAAGAGACUGGAGGCUGCUAGCCCGAAGGAGCGCAGUGCCAGUUGGAGGUGCGGCCCACGUUCCCGCGGAGCUUCUAAGAAGAGAGCGGCUUCUUCCGGAAGAAGGUGGUUUUAUAUGAGCCAUGGAGUGGGAACACUCCACUAAACAAGAACAGGUGGACAGAGGUUCACCCUAGAAGUCCAGUUCGACUAUAUUUAGACCGACUGAAGGAUCCAGAAAAUUCCUUGACUCGGGGUCACCCUUCGGACUGGACCAUUCUUGUGAUAGUCGACUGGACUCCCAGGGUUCACCCUUACUUUCCAGGACAACUGAGGGAGUCAGGAGCUGCCCAAGAUCUUACUGCCAGUCGUGCGUGGCCAGUCUCGGAACCACAUCCGAGAGGAGGGGAAGAAAGUCCCUUCGGGGCCAGCAUUGGUUGGAGCUUAAUCAUCCGGGCUGGGGGGGUGGGGAGGUCCGAUUCUUAGUCAUUUUGGAGAGCCUUGGCGCUUUUGGAAAAGCUGGGGUUUGAUUGAGUUUGUUGAUUGUGUCUUGGCGAGGCAGAUCCACAGCCAGAACAACUUUCACCUUGGCUUCUGCACCUCGAGCCAUUUGACAUCCUUCUUGAUAGGAAAAGGUACUAUUUUGGGCGGUUGGUGGUCCAAAAUGCAUAGACGUCGUCACUCAGGCUCUGGGCAUGUUCUGCUGAUUUCCUUUUCGCCCUGCACCCUCACCACCCCUCACCCCCCCUCACCACCUCAGUUGGCCUCAGUUGGCUCUCGAGGGUGAAACGAGCUCACCCAAACAGACGGCCAUCAACAGUCCUGUGAGGGGCUUCCAUGGGCUCUUCAUGCUCUUCACGCUUAGCCUUGUCGCCCUCGCGUGAUCCGACCAAAAGGUCGCUGCUUUCGCUGGUCGCGAAACACGGGGUCCGCUGGUCGCCGCGGUCGCCGGUGAUUUUGGAUGACUCUUAAGGGUCAAGGGGCUCCUUAGACGUCCGGUUUGGCACCGCUGAAGGGGAAGGAAGUUCUGGUCACCAAGAGGGGUCACUGAGUCAGACCUUUGGCCCAGAGACCCCGGACCUGGCGAUCGGGAUCCCUUCGGCAUUUGGCAUGAGUGGGGCACCUGUUUUCUAUUCCACCGACGGUCGUCACGGUUUCAGGGGGUGAGCCUUCAUGAACAACGUGUGCGCGCAUGUGUGCGCGCGACGUGGACGUGGGGGGACGUCUUGGAGGUUGCGAACUUCAAUCCGUAAAACCAGCCCAGAUCGGCAGAGCACCAGCCCAGUUCGGCAGAGCCUUCGGCAGAGUUGGAAGGAUUCCAGGUACGAGUCAAGCUCAGUCGGGUUCCGGCAGACCUUGAAGAUAACCUGGUCUCCCUGUGAAGCUGAACUAUCACCCCAAGCCAAACCUGCCCGGUUUUGACCCACUGCCACAUGGCAUACAUCGUCAUACACGGAGUGUCUGGGUCAUGAGCUACCGGCUAAGAGGCUACACGCCGUGCCAUCAUGGCUACGUGGAGUGAACAUCACAUGUUUGGUCAUCCAAAAUCGGGGCUACGCCAUGCAGGUUGGCCGAUGGAUGGUUCUGACGUGGAGUGUGAAGUUCCCAGACACGACCCAUGGGACUGCCGUAUAUAUGCCUACAUUGACCCCCCUGGCACCACCCCAACUGAUCGGCAGUCCCACGGAGUGUUGGGGGUUGGGAUCAGCACUUCCGACGUGGAGCUCUAGGAAUCGUCCACCGGGCGGGUUGGCAUCCCCCCAAAUUCCCCUAAGGCUCCAACCACCUCCUGAGAAGGUGGUUGGAGUGGGUUUGCAGGGUCCAAAUACCUUCUGAGGAUAUGGUUGGAGCCCUAGGG